CAGCGGGUAUCCGGGGCAGAGUCAUUGGCGAACCCUGGCGCAUGCGCGGCUCUCUGGCCACAAUUCAUUCGUCACAGUCAUGAAGCUCUCACUCCGGUCGCCGCUCCAGUUCUUCCGACGGCUCCGCGGCAAAAUCUCUGCGGAAGAAGGCACGAGAAAACUCAGCCCGGUCCCACUUGCAGGUGCGAGCCGAGCUUUCAGUGGCAGCUCGACUCUGUGCAAUUCGUACGCCCCGGGCUCCGACACGCCCGACGACGACGGAUGCAAGACGUGUUUGUGCUGUCAACGCAAGUACAGGCCAUACUCGAGCAAUUUCAACGACUUUUGCUCGCUUGAUUGCAAGUCCACAGGCUACGCUCGCAGCGCCGGGACCGUGUAUUAAGCGACUUCUUCUCGACGUCGCCCCUUAAUUUAUCUUGAUUUAUAUCGCGCA